GUUAUAUCCUUCCUUUUCACUCAUCACUCUCCUCUCCCCCUCCUCUUUCACACUCUGUAAGGGACGAAAACACAUUUCGAUCUCGGAAUUCUUCACGCAAGCACAGGAUCAGAGAAGCAAGGGAAGUGCUGAAAGCUUUGAAGAUAGAUCAAAUUUCAAAGAUCGAUUUAUGGCGAGUGGCUUGUUGUUGGCAGUACUCCUGAUUACUCAACUAAUUACACUUAAGUGUGAGGUCCCAUUCACUUUUGUUGCAGAUGCAAUAGCAAAAAGGGCAGUUUGUAUUGACGGAAGCCAAGCUGGCUACCACCAUGAUCAUGGAUCCGGAAAUGGUGUUAAUAAUUGGAUGAUUUAUCUAAUGGGUGGGGGAUGGUGUAACAAUGGUUUAACAUGCCAGCGAAGAAGGAAAAGUGCUCUUGGGAGCACAAAAAAUAUUAAACCAACGAAUUUUGGUGGCAUUCUUAGUUCAAACCGUGGCAUCAAUCCAGAUUUUUAUAAUUGGAAUAGAGUGCAUGUUCACUACUGCGAUGGUUCGUCUUUUCUUGGAGAUACUUCCGUUACUAAUCUGGGCUCGCACCUCCAACUAAGGGGGUCAAUAAUUUUUAGUGCUAUAAUAGACGAGCUUGUGGAGAAAGGAAUGAAGACUGCCAAAAAUGCUCUACUUGUUGGUGGCUCGGCUGGAGGGCUAGCCACGAUUCUAAAUUGUGAUAAUUUUCGAGCUAGUUUACCUAAUGCCAGUAGGAUAAAAUGCGUGUCCGAUGCUGGCUUUUUCAUUCGAGCAACUAAGGUUCCCUAUGUUGGUCAAAGAGAAAGACGUUUUAAUUCUGUUAUUCGGUUUCAUAAUUUGACCAAUUUCUUACCCAAAUCAUGCACAUCAAGAAUGAAAUCCGGUUUAUGUCUAUUUCCUGAAAAUCUGGUUGAAGAUAUCCAAACCCCAUUGUUUUUAUUAAAUAGCAUCUAUGAUAGUGUUCAAAUUGGGCGUAAUCUGAAACCUGAGAAGUUGCGUGACGCUGAGGGAUGGAAAAGUUGCACACGAGAUUUAUCUAAGUGUACAUAUCCCCAUAGGAAACUCAUACAAGAUUUUGGAACUGCAUUCCUUGAAACAUUGAUGAAUAUUGGUGAUAAUCCAUCAAGAGGAGUAUUUAUCCACGCUUGUUACUCUCAUACUUAUUUGGAAUCCAAUGAACUUUGGAAGUCAAUUGGGUCACCCAAAUUAGGAAAUAAGACUAUAUCGGGUGCAGUUGGAGAUUGGUACUUUGAUCGAAGCACUGUCAAAUUAAUUGAUACUAAUAUUGAUUUUCCAAUAAAUUGUUUACCCCACAAGUCAUUUUAAUUUUCGUAAUGAUUAUAAGUAUCAACCGUUAUAUGGAAAAACAUUCAUUUAAAGUGACUCAAUAAUUAAUAUUAUAGCAUUCGCCAA